UCUGAUGCUGCUGCAUCUCAGGAGUCUGUAUAGUGACACAAAUUUCACGGCUUUAUGACUUCAAACAAUGGACUGGACCUGUGGAUUAUAGCAAGCUAAAUACUGGGACAUCUGCCCCUGAAAGCAUGACAGGAUAGCCUGCUAAGCUAAAUCCUCCUCGUUACGCACCAGACAUCUUACAGACUUUCUGGGUUGAAGUGCUGCAGCUGACGCUGAAUAAGCCACCGCAGAGCUAUUGCUUGCAUUUCAGAAGCUGAGGUCCUGUGCUAUCCAGCGGUGCCAUGUCGGCGAAAGCCAUCUCAGAGCAGACAGGAAAAGAGUUUUUGUAUAAGUAUAUCUGCACGUCAGCAGCUGUGCAGAACCGCUUCCGCUAUGCCAGUGUCACUGCAGAGACUGACUGGGACCGUCUCACACAGGACCAUCCAUGGCUGCUAACUGAGCGUCUGGUGGUAAAGCCAGAUCAACUAAUCAAGCGGCGCGGGAAACACGGGCUGGUUGGCAUCAACCUCGACCUGCAGGGAGUCCAGGAGUGGCUCACAGCCCACCUCAUGAAAGAGACCACAGUGGGAAAAGCAAAGGGUGUGCUGAAGAACUUCCUCAUUGAGCCUUUUGUUCCACACUCACAGGAGGAGGAGUUUUAUGUGUGUAUUUAUGCCACACGUGAGGGCGACCAUGUGCUUUUCCAUCACGAGGGAGGAGUGGAGGUGGGUGAUGUGGACUCCAAGGCCCAGAGGCUGAUGGUUGCAGUGGAUGAGAAGCUGAGUGAGGACCAAGUCACAGCGCAGCUCCUCACACACGUUCCUGGUGAUAAGAAAGAAGUUCUGGCCAGUUUUAUAGUGGGUCUUUUCAACUUAUAUGAGGACUUGUACUUCACCUAUCUUGAGAUCAACCCUCUAGUUGUCACCGAAGAUGGAGUGUAUGUCCUCGACAUGGCAGCUAAGAUCGAUGCCACGGCAGAUUACAUCUGCAAGGCUAAAUGGGGUGAUGUGGACUUUCCACCACCCUUCGGCAGGGAAGCGUAUCCAGAGGAGGCAUACAUCGCUGAUCUUGAUGCAAAGAGUGGGGCCAGUCUGAAGCUGACCUUGCUGAACCCUCGUGGCAGAAUCUGGACCAUGGUGGCUGGAGGAGGUGCUUCAGUAGUCUACAGCGACACCAUCUGUGACCUGGGCGGGGUGGAUGAGCUGGCCAACUAUGGCGAGUACUCAGGCGCUCCCAGUGAACAGCAGACCUACGACUACGCUAAAACCAUCCUCUCCCUCAUGACACGGGAGAAACAUCCUCAAGGGAAGGUCCUGAUUAUCGGGGGGAGUAUUGCCAACUUCACCAAUGUGGCAGCCACAUUCAAGGGCAUUGUCAGGGCCAUCAAGGACUUCCAAGGUCCGCUGAAAGAGCAUGAGGUCACCAUCUUUGUUCGACGUGGUGGGCCCAACUACCAGGAGGGGCUUAGGGUGAUGGGGGAAGUGGGGAAGACCACAGGUAUUCCUAUCCAUGUGUUUGGUACCGAGACCCAUAUGACAGCCAUCGUUGGAAUGGCUCUGGGCCAUCGGCCAAUACCUAACCAGCCCCCAAUGGAUGCACAUACCGCCAACUUCCUCCUCAAUGCCAGCAACAGUCCAAUGACUCCAGCUACAACAAGGACAGCUUCAUUCUCGGAGCCCAGGUCUCCUAAUGACGUCACCCCAGCCAAAAAGUCUAAAGCAGGUCUUCCAGCAGAAGCGCAAGCCUCUUCAGGCUGCAGCGGAGCUAAAGCCACCACACUCUUCAGGAAACAAACCAAGGCCAUGGUCUGGGGCAUGCAGACACGUGCUGUGCAGGGCAUGCUGGACUUUGACUACGUAUGCUCUCGAGAUGAACCCUCUGUGGCAGCCAUGGUCUACCCCUUCACUGGGGAUCACAAGCAGAAGUUCUACUGGGGGCACAAGGAGAUCCUGUUGCCAGUCUAUAAGAACAUGGCCGACGCCAUGAAGAAGCACCCUGAGGUGGAUGUCCUGAUCAGCUUUGCUUCACUGCGUUCAGCCUUUGACAGCACAGUGGAGGCCAUGCAGUACACACAGAUCCACACUAUUGCCAUCAUAGCUGAGGGCAUCCCUGAAGCUCAGACAAGGAGGAUGAUCAAGAUGGCUGACGAGAAAGGCGUCACUGUCAUCGGCCCUGCUACGGUUGGAGGCAUCAAGCCGGGCUGCUUUAAGAUCGGCAACACAGGUGGUAUGCUGGACAACAUCCUGGCUUCCAAACUGUAUCGUCCUGGCAGUGUUGCAUAUGUGUCUCGCUCUGGGGGCAUGUCCAACGAGCUGAACAACAUCAUCUCCCGCACCACGGAUGGCGUCUAUGAAGGCGUGGCCAUCGGAGGAGACAGAUAUCCAGGCUCCACCUUCAUGGAUCACGUCCUUCGUUACCAGGACACUCCAGGGAUCAAGAUGAUAGUAGUGCUGGGAGAGAUUGGAGGCACAGAGGAGUACAAGAUCUGUCAAGGCAUCAGAGAGGGCAGGAUAACCAAGCCUGUGGUGUGCUGGUGUAUUGGAACCUGCGCCACCAUGUUCGCUUCAGAGGUUCAGUUUGGCCAUGCGGGGGCCUGUGCCAACCAGGCUUCAGAAACGGCAGUAGCCAAGAACCAGGCUCUGAGGGAUGCUGGAGCUUAUGUACCAAAGAGCUUUGACGAGCUGGGGAAUGUGAUCAAGACUGUUUAUGAUGAACUGGUGGCCAGUGGUACCAUCAUUCCAGCCCAGGAGGUGCCUCCCCCAACAGUACCUAUGGAUUACUCUUGGGCCAGGGAGCUGGGCCUGAUCCGUAAGCCAGCCUCAUUCAUGACGAGCAUCUGUGACGAGCGAGGCCAGGAGCUCAUCUACGCUGGCAUGCCCAUCACCGAGGUCUUCAAAGAGGAGAUGGGUUUAGGAGGAGUGCUAGGCUUGCUUUGGUUCCAGCGCAGGUUACCGCGCUAUGCUUGCCAGUUCAUUGAGAUGUGCCUAAUGGUGACUGCUGAUCACGGGCCUGCCGUCUCUGGCGCACACAACACCAUCGUCUGUGCUCGCGCUGGCAAAGACCUCAUCUCCAGCCUCACCUCUGGCCUGCUCACCAUCGGGGACCGUUUUGGAGGUGCUCUGGAUGCAGCUGCAAAACAGUUCAGCAAGGCAUUCGACAGUGGCAUGCUGCCCAUGGAGUUUGUUAACAAGAUGAAGAAGGAUGGCAAGCUGAUAAUGGGCAUCGGCCACAGGGUCAAAUCAAUCAACAACCCAGAUAUGCGGGUGCAGAUUCUGAAGGACUUUGUUAAGCAGCAUUUCACCUCCACCCAGCUACUCGACUAUGCCCUAGAUGUAGAGAAAAUUACCACCUCCAAGAAACCCAACCUAAUUCUCAACGUAGACGGUUUUAUUGGUGUUGCCUUUGUGGACCUGCUUAGGACAUGUGGGGGCUUCACACGAGAUGAGGCUGAUGAGUUUGUGGAGAUCGGUGCACUAAAUGGGAUCUUUGUUCUUGGCCGUAGCAUGGGCUUUAUUGGACAUUACCUGGACCAGAAGAGGUUGAAACAGGGUUUGUACCGCCACCCCUGGGAUGACAUCUCCUAUGUACUCCCUGAACAUAUGUCCAUGUAAUCCCCCCCACUUCACAGAAUGGGACACGCUUCCAGGUGUGACUGCCCUAACGGGUCACGAGGCAUUACAAAACAACAGCUGUCUUUGGAAAACUGGGCAGGAUGAUUCUGGAAUGUGGAAGUACUGUCUGACUGAGGGAUCUGGGUAGAAGCUUUUCAUCUAGUUUUUAUGGAGAAAAAGGGGAAGUGUAUUUUCAGAUUUUGUUUAGGGAAAAUUAUUUAGUCUAAAAUCUAACUUAUUCGGUUUUGAAUGAAGAGCCAAACCAGUGCACACAUAAGUAUUUGAAGGAGCACAAAAAUAGUUGGCACUUAAAAGAAAACUGCAAGGAAAUUUUGUGGAGUUGAUAUGAGGGCAAGAUUCAAAGCACAUUUCAAUACUGACUCCUGUAAGUCUGAUUAGAUAAUAUGCAGCAUCAGCUGCCAAUGGUAAAACUGUUCGAGCUUAGCAAUACAGUAACGUGUCUUUAUUUUAUACUACUUAACAUAAACUCAUUGAUUUAUUUUAAUCAACACUCUCUGUUGGAGGAAAGUAUGCUUUUUCUGGCUUAAUAAGUAUUGCACCUUAGUUUAAACAUUAGUAUUAACAUCAACAUCUAGAUUUCAUGUCUGUUUUAACUUGUCCAAGUCUUCACUCCACUGGGAAAAAUCUUUGUGAUCACAAGAGAAACCAAAGUUAAUUUGUUGUUUUGUUGAAGUUCCUUUGUUGAUCGUACAGAGCUUGUCCAGAUAAUGUAUUUGGAAAAAGAGGCAUUGUAAUGGGAAUUAAACACGUGAUGAUUUAAGUGUCACUCCGCCAUUGCCUUUCUGAGAGCAACCCAGUUUACAACCCUGGUUUGUAAACUAGUGGUCGAAGUUCAUCAGCUAAAAUAGAUGGCGUUUUGAAGUGUUCAAGAUUGUUUUACAUAACGUAUGAAUUGAACCAUGUGUGUCUCUAUUCUGAAUAACUGUGUUAGAAAACAGGAAAAUGAAGAAACAUGAAAAGGGGAUGAACAACAUGCUUCAUGAAUGAGCCCUGUGAGUCGUUAAAAGCAUCUUUUGGCAAGGGACCAUGAAAGCAGUUUUCUUUACUUGGGGGAAACUCUUGGACAUACUGGGAAUACAGAUGUCUGUUCUGUAAAUCAGUCAUCCACCUUUCACUAUAACUUGGCACCAACUCACAGCUCUUUGUAACUGCCCACUGUAAACGGCCUGCUGUGUUUGAUCUUUGUUUUGCUGUUUUUAUUUAACUGUGAAAAAAAGCUUUGUUUUUUGUAAUAUGCUGUCAUAUAAUAGUAUGAUAAUAAAAAAAAAUCUUCUUGAUUUACUUUUCA